AUGCCAAAUAUUGACCAACUAGAAAAAAAACCUACUCGCAGUCCGCUCCUUUCUGCUCGGCGGGAAGAAAUUCUCUACCGGGAAGACAUUAAAACCUCCUUUGGUUAUGCCAUCGCCGGAAUUACCAUCUCCCUGGCGAUUGCCGGAGGAGUUUAUGUGAUUGAAAUACAAAAACAACAUGAAUCACCAAAAUCAAAACACUUGAAAAUCUUACGUGGACUGAUGACCAUCUUAUAUUGUCUUAGGAAUAACCCUAGCUUACUUCAAGUCAAGGAUGGAGUAAUUACUUACUACUUAAGAAUUGGAAUUCAGAAAUUUAUCUCUUACCCACUCACCGAUAAAAAUGAAAGAUUAUCUGAUCCUUCCACUCCUGACCUUGACACCAUCACUAAAUUUCGUCAACGAGCAGCAAAAACUGCCGAACUAAAUCACCAUGAUGCCCCUCCUAACGAUCCCGAGCAAUCUGAAUCAACUAGCCACUAG